ACUUUCCACUGACUUUCGUCUUUCUGUGUGUCUGAUACUCGGCAAACGAUCUUGAAGUUACACUGAAAAAUGGCGUCGGUUAACUCUUCGAAGUCCCAUCGAUUCGUUGAUUUUCUCCCUUCAAUUAGGCCAUCUUUUCUUUCGGUGGUGGUACUUUUUGCUUGCGGAUGUCUCUGGGUGAAGAAUGAAACAACCAAGGAGCGACUGAUAGCAUUGGAAACUCGCAUCAACAUGUCUCCAGUGGUUCUUGUUGAUACUGGCUGCACUACGGAAAAGAGUGAAAGGACAGCCCAUAGGCCAAAAGAAGAUUCCGUGAGAUAUCUCUUAAAGAAAAUUCAGACAGAAAGGAAGUUCAUGGAUACCUCAGGUUAGGAUCACGACUGUAGAAAAAAUUUCCCCAAUUUUUUAAACUUUUAAGCUUAUUGUUGGGGGAUAUUUAAGCUAUGUAAGUAUGUGCGGAGCCAGCAGGAAUGGGUUUUUAGCUCUUAGCCUUAAUUUGGACCGAAAUAGGGUAAAAUUUAGUGCUUUCUGGAACUAGGACCUGGAAUUAAGGGAUGCUCUUUAAUGAUGUCAGCUGUAAUGUUUCUUUAAUUGAGAACUGUGUUUCAGAAUGAAGACAGCGGGCAAUCACAUAAUUUGCUCUGAAAACGGGUCAUGUUUCAGUUCUGCGGUAUGUCGCACAUCCCGACUGACAUUUUCCUGAAGAAUCUCAGGAAGCUUAUACCGUAUAUUAUGUGGGCGAGUUACGUGACCCUGUGUUCGAGUCUCAAAAUUGUUUGCUUAAUCUUGUAAGUUCAAAUCAUUGAAGAAUACGUGCAUAUUAUAAGGAUAUUAUGAGCAGACAGCAAAGCUCCACCGGCUUUAUAUAUUGCUUUGUAUAUUGCUAUUGAAGUGGAUAAUGACGAUAUGCUAAUAAGUCCUAAACAAAAGGUAAAAGAAAAGUUCAGCAGACAAUUAUUCAUUAAAAUAAUAUGGAGUAUCCUCCGACAAAGAACUGAAAAUCUUGCAAUCAGGCCAACGUUGUUCAACCAAUCUCAAAUCAGUUCGGACAGACUGAAUAUUUCCGAAUUAGGAUGCCUCUUGUACCCUUUACACAAAAAGGAAAGCUAUACAUGCAGUUUUUUAUUACUCUGAACAGCUAAAAUUUGUUCUGUUUCAUUUUUUUAUUCUUUUUUCAUGUCUUCGGGUUUUGCGGAGUCAGCGGAUUGCUUUUGAACGGAUGGGUAAAGAGGUCUAUACUUUGACUCAAAAUGGGGAAAUGAGGAACUUAUAUCCUCAGCUACAUAAGAAAAUUACUUGCUCUUAAAUUGAUCCUUCGAAUUUGUCCUCAAAUAAUGUACAGGGAAAUUUUGGCUAGAUUUUCAGAGACUUUGAGAAAAUGAGAUCCAAUCGAGUCAUGAAUUUUACACUCAAAUUUGAAUUUUAAUCUGCAAACGACAUUAAAAAAAUGCUUCCAAGUGGUAGUUGGGCUACAAACGUUAAGCGAAACAAGACGGUGGAAUUUCAUACCGACGAAGACUCAAUCACAUCAGCGGAAAUUUUCCCAGCACUUAGUUUGCUUUUCUCUUAGCUUUAUUAGAUGAGUCAGAAGAUUCAAGAACAAGCGCAAAGUCAAGAAAUCGGAGACAGGUUUCGAACGUGACUUCAGCAACCAUCAGUAUGCAUGACGUGCGUCAAGAAAUCACCAAACAGUUUGAACAACUAAUGCCCUCCAAGUACUGUAAGUCACAAGAGAGGGUAUGCCCUGUAGGUCCCCCCGGACUUCCUGGUCCCAUUGGUGUACGAGGACCACGUGGCAGGAGGGGACCUAGAGGAAAGAAAGGUAACCCAGGUAGCCUUGGACCACCUGGAAAAUCAGGAAUGGCUGGACUUCCAGGAUCUAGGGGAGAAAAGGGUGAUAAGGGCGAACCAGGAAAUCCGGGACCACCUGGGAGGCCUGGAGAAUCAAUAUCUGCUCCACAAGUGAUGGUACCACCUGCAAAUCACACUAGAGAUGAAGGAGGAAAUACGGCGAUUUAUUGUACGGUUGGCGGAAACCCUACUCCUACUGUCGAAUGGCGAUUCAAGGGCAGAAAGCUUCUUUCGGGAGCAAAGUAUUUGGUUAAAAAAACAGAGCUGAUCAUCAGGAAUCUGAAUUACAGCGAUGCUGGGCAGUACAAAUGUGCGGCAAGAAACAUUCUUGGAUCGUCUGAGGCGUCUGGUAAUUUGAAGGUUCGAGGUAAGAAGAACAAUAAGCUUUACUACUUUGAAAAUUGAAAACCCUUUUGCAAGCCGCUGAUGUGCCAUCAGAAUUCUUUCUUACCAAAGUCAGGGAUGGGCCAUGUUUCCUGGCUGAUUGCUUGUCUUAUUAAACGUGUUUUGCAAUAGGGUCCUGUUACAUUGCUAUUGAAGGGGCAUGAAGUCCAGGAGGGUAACUGUCAUUAUAAAAAGGGUGGUGUGUUACAUGAGAGAGGAGGAGGUGUUCUAAUCUUGUAUAUUACUUAUCACUGCCUGUCAGGAAACAACUAAUGAACCCUUUCUUGUCUCAGUAUCUAUUUUCACUUUCCAAGGGUGCGUGAUGAUCGUAAGCAACGGCUAGAAUUAAACCCUCGCGGGAGAUCCAUCAGAACGUAGCUCAAGCUUUAUUUGUCAAGUCAGCCAGUGAAAUAAGAGAUUUUAGGAAGAUUUCUUGCAAUGAAGUUGCUGUCUUUGAAAGAUUUCUUUUUUUCUCUCCCGCUUCUCUGCCCUUACCAUUUUUCCUCAGGAACCUAUUUAGCAGCUCCUUGCUUUCUAUACCUUUGAUUAAUACAGUCUUUAAUUUAUUCGUGAACAAUAAAAAGUUGGAGGGAGGAGGGCUUACUAACUUUCUUCACCUGAAAAGGGGGGGACUAAAUAGAGGAUUUACAGUAUUUCUUCAUACACGAUUUUGAGCUUGUAUACUAUAAAAAUUUUGAAGUUCCGUACUAAACAAACUGGAUGAUUCCAGAAUCUUCAAUUUAAAUACCCAAACAAAACUAAUAAUGUGGCUUUUACUGAACUCAACAAAACUCACAUAGCUCACAUAGCCGCCAAUUCUGUGUAUAGUUUGGAAGACCGGUAAAAACUAUAGCUUUUUCAAGCCACAUCGUAUUGAUUCUUCGUCUGUUAGGUCUUCCGAUCUUUACCAAAAAACCCUCAUCACUGGUCUCAAAAAUGGAAUUCGCUCAAAUACAAGAAACUUGCCAGGCAGAAGGGUAUCCACCUCCCAAGUUGACCUGGAUCAGACUUGUUAUGCCUUUACCUGCCUUUACCGAGGUUAAGGAAGGUAAACUAACUAUCAGGAAUUUACAACCAGUGGACAGCGGUUUGUACCAGUGUGUAGCAACAAACAGCUUAGGAACCAAGAAGGCCACGAUGAACUUGUUUGUGCAAAGUCGACCAGGAGGUUUGUAUAGCGCACGUUAUGCCGACCUUAUAUUUCAUGAUAAAACAUUCUGCUGAAAGAUUAGCACUUCAUCAUGUUUGAAGUCUACUCUUGCAAAACUGAAAUUGACUGAUGUAUUUAACAGACUAAGAUUCCCCUAAAUUUGCUACUGACUCUCUAGGUGUUCAAUUGCAGUGGCUGGCGUGUGGGUGCAGUAUCCGAUGACGUCAUUUUUGACCUGCAGGUGCAGGUGUGCGGUAUUGUCUCCAAUGACGUCAUUUUUGUCUCACACCUUUAUACCUGGAGAAACUAAACUCUAACUCUAAAAGAUCGCAGAAUGACGUAAAUAGAUUUCUCAAGUUUUUGUGCUAAAACUCUUGGUUGUUUGGUUCAGAGUCGUAUCUCGAGAGAAGAGAACACUACUGAGUAAUGACCCAAUUUUCAAGGUUUUUCUCGUUAUCUACUCAGCACUGUAAACGAGUCAACGCUUACCCUUCACUCUCUUCCCGCGCACCUUUUCUGACACCUCAAAAUGUAUGUUAUUAGAGAGCUUUUGAUUCGAGAACGAGGAAGACAUUUAAUUUUAAGUUUUCUCGCCUAUUCUCUGAAAAAUAACACUCCGGAAAGCAUCAUAGUGUACUUUUUUUUUUACCACAAAAGUUAGUUUAUUUAUUUCCGUUGAAGGAGGUAAAGCCAUCUCCCGAUCAUUAUAAAUGGUAAUAUUUCUAACAUUUGAUAACUUGAAUUUCCGCCACUACGACGUUCUCGCUAAACCUCCUAGUAGAAUGACGAUGGCUACGACUACGAGUACGAGAUUUUCUCAAUACUAAGUAAUGCUCGCGCGUGAACCAGCGUCAUUUGGCGGGAAAACGUGAUAGCCGUCGUCACUCUAGUACGAGUUUUAGCGCGAAGGUCGAAGUGGCGGGAACAAGAUGUCAAAUGUAAGAAGUUUGAUCAUUUUGCGAUCGGGGGAGGGUGUAACCUCCUUCACUGAAGAUAACAGUGCUAACUUUUCUAGUGAAAAAUGGUCAAAUAAAGCUUUUCGGAGAGUCUAUAUUUUGAGAAUACGCGAAAAAACUUUAAGUCAAAUCUCGUAAUCGUAGUCGUCCUCGUCCUCGAAUCUAAAGGUCUCUAAUUAGAAUCUAAAGUUCUCUAUUUAUUCUUUGGGUAACCUUCAUAUUUAAAAUAGUCAUUCAGGCUAUCUCAUAAAAUCCUCGGACCUAAGCUUUGGCAAUGUUUGAGCGUAUCGGUACCAGUUAUUUUUUCAAAGAUAAAUUUUUGUAUAGGUCCGUGUGAAGGAAUGUGAAACUGCAAGAAGUGAAGAACUCUCGUGACCAAAAAUACCAACACCACAAACCAAAUCCACUGAACAAAUGAAGAUUGUUUCAUUUGAUUCAGUGAGGUGCGUGGUUAAAAUCUGCGUGGUAAAUAAAAAUUACAUGUUGCUACAACCGAAAAUUUGACAUAAAGAAACAACAAAACUGCGACAAAGCGAGCACUGUACAUGUGAAACACACUUAGAUUGUUACGGCCAAGGAAAACUGCUGCGUUAGCGGACUGCGUAAAACGCGAAGAAACGUAGAAAAGCACUGAUGAGAACUGUGCUUAGCGCAGACCAAAACAAAACUGAACAUAGUGCUGAGGAACUGCGAUGUAAAAUACGGUUGAAUUAUGGUUGAAUGUACAGAAAACAAAAGUGACGAAAAGACUCUAAUGAAGAUGAAAAAGAUACGAAGAGACGCUAACGAAGCCGCGAAAAAUGACACAAAGAACUAAACACCUAACACGAACUACAAUAAACAAAGCUUCAUUAGACGUACGGAAAAAUAAAGAAAGGAAUUCUGAAAAAUUGUUACACUUUGAUCUAAAAGAGUGUGACACGAAAAAGACGUCAUCGCACACUGCACCUUUAAACUUGCACUUACACCUGCAGUCACACAUGUGCACCGGCAAAUUAAAGCCUCCGUAUGCUCCUUGUUUCUUUAGUUCUAAUUAAGUAAACUUAUAACGUUUGAAACAGAGCACGUUAUGUACCAUAAAACGAUGCUACAAGGCUGAAUUAGCAGACAUCCAUCUUGCAAAGUAUGUACCAGUGCGUGUCAACAGCGAGGAAGCAUAAAACUUCUCCAAUAAGGGCCAUAAAGGAUUUGUUCACGCAACGACGAUCUGGUUUGUAAAGCAAGGAUAUCAUAAUUCUCCAUUCCCAACAAGCAGAUUUAACAGACCUUGGCAGAGUAAUGUAGACAACGUACAAAAAAUGGUUCCUUAAGGCUGAAAACCUGAGUCUCUCUACCCUUUAUUUCGUUCAGCUAUCGAAAAACAAGAACAAAAACACUAACAAACAAACAAACAGACAAACAAACGUUAGGAAUAGUUGGGCACGUGAUUAAAUAAUUGUUUUUCGUCCUAGCUAAAUGUGACUGCUGGCGCAGCCGGUCCAGAAGUCCUAGCAGUGGCUGGGGAUACUCUAAUGAUCCCAGUGGCAGUGGAAACGUUGACGCAAUCGAUUUCCAGACAAAUGGUGACGUCAUUUUGUCAGGUUACCGUCUGUGGGGAGUCAAGAGCGGUUCAACUAGUUUCCAGGUCACCAUUCGCUUGUACCGUGGAAGCAACUUGAUCGCAGAAAAGACUGGGUCCUAUGCUACCAGUUUCAGUGUCAAGACAUUUGAGGUGCUUUUUUCCCAGGUGAUUUCGAUCCGCGCUGGUGUCACAUACACUGCAACAGCAAGAAUAGUUACAAGUACAACCUCCUUUUAUCACACGGACGGCUUGGCAAGUGCCUCGUGUUCUGGUGUCACCGUAACCUUCAAGACUUCCUCAAAAAACUCAAAUGGUUCUAGCCGGUCUCAAGGUCAAAUACCAGCUUUAAUUUUCCGUUCCUCUCAGUGCUGA